AUGAGUACCCAUCCAGAACCAUCUGAUAGGCCCGCAACGAUAUCAUCAACUGAUUUGGCGAAUCUAGGAGCUCAGCUGAGCGAAGUUCUCAACCAAUUUAAUGAGCUAAGCGUUGAAAUGAUUGUCCAACGGCGCGUAAUCGAUCAAUUGGUAGCUAGUGGUGCUAGCGGUGAACAACAUGAGCCCUUACCCCCUGGCCAAUCUGAAAUUCAACCCAUAUUCUUACCUUAUACUCAAACCUCUGUUACUUCACAAGUUAUAAACCCACCUGAGGAAGCCUUUACUUAUCCCAUUCAUGGCCCGCCACCUACUUAUGCACCUCACAUCCAAACUAACCCUCCUCAUGUCCCAAUUCCCCAAAAUUAUCCGCCAAUUACUAUGAGCAUGCCAUUCGAACCACAGGGACCCCAUUAUUACUCCGCCGCUGAGCCAUUCACCCUAGAUACCGCCGCUCAAAGGAAAGCUGAAGCUGGGGAGUCAUCCGCACCAGUGGACAAAAAUUUACUAAAGAGAUUAGAUCGGUUUGAGGAGUUUAUAAGAAAAUGCCAAGGUGUGAACAAGCAAGGAGGUCUAGACUACAACAAACUAUGCCUGUUUUCGGAUAUGCAAUUGCCAGUGGGUUUCAAAGCACCCAAAUUUACCAAGUACGACGGAACGGGGAAUCCCAAGACUCACCUUCGAAUGUUUGCGAACAAGCUAGGGAGACCAAUAGACGAAGAGAAUCUGCCGGUACACUUAUUUCCCGAGAGUCUAGAAGACGACGCAUUGGAUUGGUAUUCCAAUUUGAAGUCUGAGGAUAUGAGAUCUUGGCUGGAUUUGUCGACCGCUUUUGUGAGGCAGUAUGAAUACAAUUGCGAGUUCGCUCCGACGAGGACCACAUUGGAGAGGACCAAAAGGAAACCAUCGGAAGACCAUAAGACAUAUGCGAAGAGAUGGAGGAAAUUGGCCGCCAAGGUGGAGCCUCCUAUGACUGAAAACGAGAUUGUUCGCACGUUCAUCAAAACUCAUGACUCGCCUUACUUUGAGGAGAUUUUUCGAAUGACAAGGUGUUCCUUUGCAGAGAUUGUCAAUAAAUUGGAAGAAUAUGACGAGUUUAUGAGAGCAGGGAAAAUUGUUAAUGUUUCAGCUUUGAAGUCACAGUUGGAAGCCAUGCAAAGCCAAAGUAACAGUAGUAAGAAGUCUCAAUUUAAGAAGAAAGACGAGGAAGCCUCUUUUGUUUGGAACCAGGGAUCUUCUUCCCGGCCUAGAUACCAACAAAAUCCCGCCUACUCACCUCGUUACUUAUACCAACAACGCCCCCGCCCUGUUUACAAUACCACUAUCAACCACCCCCAUCCUCGACCAAAUUACCCAAACACACCAUCAACGCCAUUUCACAUUUCCCCACCAAACUUUCAAAUUAGACCUCACCCUCCUUUUAACCCAAGACCUAUUCCACCCCCUAACCCAAACUACCAGUACCAACAAACCCAUGAUACCCAAAAUCCAACCCCAUACCGAACCUUUACCAAUCUAAGUCGACCUGUUGACCAGUUGUACAAGCAAUUAAAAGCUGCUAGGAAGAUUGGUAUGGUACCCCCUAAGACCUAUUCCAAGGGAUUUCCCAUUGGUUAUGAUCCUCAGUCAUUUUGUGCUUAUCAUUCGGGAGCCCCUGGACAUUCAACGGCCAAUUGCUGA